GUUUUGAAUGGGAAUGUUAAACAUCAUUCACAACCAUGUUACUUGAUAUUCUGCCAUGUAAACCUUUGUGUUCUCACUGUAGAAUUAUAAAUUAAUUGUGAUCAAGCUGUGCUCUACAAAAAACAGUUAUAGUUUAUUUGUACUGAAAUGGCUUUGCUUUACCAGGAAGCCGUGAAAACUCUGAAUACAUUGCAGAGUAACGCACAAACCAUCCAAAAGAUGCGACUUGAACGGGACAAAAAUGCCCCUCUCAAUAUUCCGAAAAUGCUGAACUUUGCAUCACGUGUUGGGAUUCAGGAAGCCGAUAUCGACAGAUUGAACGUUAUUCAUGUCAGUGGCACAAAAGGGAAGGGGUCGACUUGCGCUUACUGUGAGAGCAUUCUACGUCACCAUGGCUAUAAGACUGGAUUCUUCAGUUCCCCACACUUGAUCGAAGUACGAGAGAGACUUGAAGUCGGAGGAAUGCCGAUCGAACAAGAGAAGUUUGCGACUUACUUCUGGGAUGUUUACAAUAAAUUAGAUACAUCCAAGGAGGCAAAUGAUGGGAUCAUGCCCAACUAUUUUGGUUUUCUCACGUUGAUGUCCCUCUACGUAUUCCUGAAGGAGAGCGUUGAUGUAGCAAUUAUGGAGGUCGGCAUUGGCGGGGAAUAUGACUGUACAAAUCUUGUCAGGAAGCCAUUCGUAUGUGGUGUAACAUCACUGGGUCUUGACCACGUCUCCAUUCUUGGACAUACCCUCGACAAAAUAGCCUGGCAUAAGGCUGGAAUUUUUAAACCUGGUGUUCCAGCAUUUACGGUUCCUCAACCGCCAGAAGCCAUGAAGGUACUGGCUGAGAGAGCUGAAGAGAAAAAGGUGCCCCUUUACCAGUGCCCUGAUGUAAGUGUGUACAAGCGACCCCUAAAACUUGGCAUCAAGGGGUCGGUUCAGGCCCAGAAUGCAGCCCUGGCCCUUCAGCUGUGUAACACAUGGAUACAUCAAUAUGCAGUGAAGCAAGGAAAGGCAACUCCAGAACACUCAGGAACAAACACAUCUCACAGUGUUACCUCCCCUGACUUUGACGUCCCUACAGCUCCACCCAUAGAUCUGUCACAGCAAUAUGUGAAAGGUCUGGAGGACUGUGUAUGGAAGGGGAGGAACCAAACCAUGAAAGUCUCAGGAGUGACAUUCUACAUUGACGGCGCUCAUACGACGGAAAGUAUUCAGCAAUGUGUGGAUUGGUUCAGUGAGGAAGCUGCAUCAGAGAAAUCAAACAGCAGGGAUGACGUAUACCGUGUGCUCAUCUACAACUGUACGGGAGAUCGGGAAACCUCCACACUCAUGCGGCCUCUAGUGUCAUGUGGGUUUGAUGCGGCAUUGUUCUGUCCAAAUAUUGCGUAUGAGACGGCCAUGAGUGCAGAUCAAACAAACAACACAGUCACGAAGGAGAGCCAGAUGCGGCGAUGUUCAGAAAACAAGGACAGUUUCAAUCAAAUGUGGCAACAACGUUACCUCACUCUCCAAAACAACCAGACAAGCAACGUACGAUCCGUUCAGGACCUAUCGUCUCACACAUUACCGUCCAUUUCUGAGUGUAUUAACUGGGUGUGUAAGCGAAAAUGGCAGCAGAAAUCGUCACGAGGGAAUCCUUACGUCUCCUCUCUGUAUGCGAAUGAAGAUUAUCAAAAUGAUGUGGAUAUUGAGAAUUCGUUUAACUGGGUGGCUGUACAACAUGGUACACAUUUUGACAUGAAUACGACAAACGGACAUCAACCUUUGAGUACUAGUAACAGAGUGAAUCAGUCGAAUGUAGUCGACGGGCAGGAAAGUAAAAGAAGUGAGAAGAAACAUGUGCAGGUGUUAAUUACAGGAAGUUUACACUUGGUGGGUGGGGCACUUAGAGUUUUGAAUGAUCGUCAGUCAUAAAUGUGAUUGGGUUUAUUGGAGGCAAUUUUCAAGAAAAUUUUGUUUGCUUUGGCCCAAUCCAGACUUUUCUCAGUGUCUUCAUCCUUGACCCUAUCAGAAAACCUGUUCAAAUUCAAAUGUAACCUGCUACAAAUGUUGCCAGAAAAAGUUUUCAUACCAUUACACAAAUAUAUAGGAAGGUUUAUAACUCUGGGAUGGAGCAUCUGAUGAAGCUAUUAUUUAACUAGGAAGGAUUUAAAAUAUGCAGAAAUAUUAUUGAAAAGUUAUUCAAAGUAAGAAAUUGCUCCUUGCAUAUUUAAUGAAAUAGUUUCCCAGAUCCUUAAUAAAUGGUGACAUAUU